AUGACUAUCCAUAUAGUAGAAAGUAUGGCUUCAAAUUUACCUGCUUCCAAUAAAUCCACAAAAUCUGACAGGAAUACAUAUGUUGGAGCCUUUAUCAUGUCAGCAUUUCAGAAGGUGCUCCUCUUACCCAUCCCAAACAGAGUUUGCGUUGGUGGGAGCCCCAACACAAUGAAAGAGUUUGCACUCCUUAUGCGCAAGGAGCUCGACUUGGAGGAGAGUGGAGAGGACAGAAAGAACGUCUGAGCCGGGACAGACAGAUCUUGCAGGGACAGAACUUCUCGCCUUUUAAGUGCGUCUCAUGGCAUUGGCAUUCCCUCCAUUUUUAUUAUGCGUAUGCUUCAUGAACUCAUCAAAUUACUGCACCAUGCCCGGUGCUGUGAUGUUGCUGUUAUCAGAACUGGUACAUCAGGGAGAAUAGAUGUUUUUUCAGACGUUUCCCCCUCCAUGGAUUCACACCUGGAGAAUGAGUUGCAGGUAAUCUGGUCUGUUGUAAUAGCAGCUGGGGCCACAGACUCCUUCCUUAAGCCCUGGUUUUAAUAGGUAAUCUCGGACCAUAUCACCACCUGAAGUGCUGAGCUUGACAAAGACCUGGCUGAGGAGCUCCUCAACUAUGGCCAGGGUCUACUAGAUGGAGCACUGUGGUCCUUUUCCAGAGAAGAAAAGUUUCACUGCUUGAAGAGAGCACAUAAAGCCGGCAUCAGGAAAACUGAAACGGAAUCUGCAGUGUCCUUGGCUACACGUAGAAAUUGUGAUCUAAAAGGUAAGCUAUUCAUGAAAGCCUCAGAUCCAAUUCUCCUUUUUCAUGAAGUUAUUUUCACUCUGCAGGAGAAGAAAAAGGAAUCCAACUAUAUAUUACUUGGGGCCAGUGGAAUUGGCAGUACACCUGGAGAGUCUAGUGUCCUGGAAUUCAGAGAAGCAAACUUCAAAGAACACUUCUUGGGAGUAUCUCGGUCUAAAAUUCUUCGAGGUGACGAGGACUCACCUCCUUCAGACACCCCUGUUUUCAAAGGUGAAUUCCUGGUACAGGCCCCCCUGGAAGAUCAACCACCAGGACACAGACCCAAACUCCAUGCGUACAAUGCUACCAUGUUCGACCUUGCAUCACUGCUUCCUAACAUCAGUUCGCCACAGCAUGAAUUAGCCGCUGAGCGGGGACUUGAACCGAGCUCUGAUUGGAGGCCCCUUGGUAGCACGCUCGGCUGCUUCAUCCCAGCAGCUUCCCAUAAAUACACAAAGUUCAUAGAGUCUGUUCACAACAACAACUAUGCAGAUGUUUCUAUUUUAAAAGUUUCCAGCACCCAGCAGACAAUCAAGAACCCAUGGCUGCAGCUAGACCUCCUGGAGAUGACAGCAUGGUCCUUACACCAGCAAGAGGAUGGGAAGCACAAGUGCUACCUGCUCUUCCAACUGCUGUGGUGUGUGACAUGUCUUGACAGACUUAAAUGUGACCAGAUCAGCUUGCCCCAUGGUGUUUUAGCAGAGUAACAGCAACAGCCUCAGCCCCUAAUCUCCAGCUUCAUCAGACAGCAGCUUAGAUUUCAGGACCAGAUGUUAUAACUAUGCAGCCUGAUCCUUCCCUGCAAGUUUGGGUAGUUCAAACUGUAGUGUUAAAGUCAUAUAUUAUUUGUGACAUUUAUAUAUAGGUCUCAU